AUGAUAGGGCUAGUGAAAGUCUGUUUAAGGAAAGUUUUGGGCAAUGCAAAACUUACUUUCGACGAACUGACAACUGUUCUAGCUGAAGUUGAAGCUAAUUUGAAUUCUAGACCCUUAACGUAUGAGUACGAGGAAGUGAAUAGUGAAGUACUUACUCCUGCACAUUUAGUCUAUGGACAAGAUUCGACUAGAACAAACACUAGGACACGAUUCAAACAUUUAAGUACCAUACUGGAGCAUUUUUGGAGCAGGUGGAAACGGGAGUAUCUCACGAAUCUUCGGGAAUUUCAUAAGGUUGGGAUGGCAGACAAACAGUCGGCGAUAAUUAAGCCAGGGGAUGUGGUCAUUGUGUUUGAGCAGGGUAAGAAAAGGGGGGAGUGGAAGACAGGUGUGAUUCAGGAAUUGAUUUGUGGCAAGGAUAAGGUCGUUCGUGGUGCAAGGGUUUGCGUGAUGACAAACGGUCGUCGCCAGGUGUUGAAUAGAGCGAUUCAGCAUUUAUAUCCAGUUGAGGUUAAAGACGAGAGUAAGGUUGAAGGGGUUGUUAAGGAGGAUAUAGUUAGCGGAUGUAAGGAGAAGACUAAGAGAAAGGCGGCUUUGGACGCCAGGUGGAAGGGCGAUGCUUGA